AUGAUAUCUGCCGAAAGAAACUAUCCCGUACACGAUAAUGAGCUUUUGGCUAUGCGUUAUGCGCUUAUCAAAUUCAGGGUAUGUUCACUCGGCGAGAAGAUGUCUUCAGUAUAUACAGAUCACGCAUCACUGCGUACCGUAGUCAAGACCCCUCACCUGUCUCAGCGUAUGGCUCAUUGGUCGUCUUUCUUCUCAGAGUAUAAUUUCGUAGUGUUUCACAAGCCCGGCAAAAAUAGCAUUCUUGCUAACGCGCGUUCUCGGCGUCCUAAUUACAACACUCGACGCGACAUGGGCCAUCAUCCAGGUAGUGCUGAUGAAGAGGACGAUGGCAUUGUUUGUGCUUCUUAUACGAAUGUUUCCUUCAACUCGGGAAUUAUCAACUCUAAUCGACACCCUAGUGAAGGGUCACUCCCAAAGCUGCCGAAACCAACGUGUGGAAACAUCAAGCGUUACGCGCGUGAUGGUUUGCUACUGACGUACACAAUGGACGUGUUUGACCCACAGCGCGUCGUCAUCCCUGCUGAUGACGACCUUCGAGCACGAUUAGUGCAUGAAACUUAUGUCACUACGCCUGCGCCGUCAUUACAAGCCCCAUUACGACCUCUUCUGAUUCCUACGGAAGCCUGGCGCACAGUCAAUCUUUUUCAACUACUGGGCACGCGUUUGCUAAUGUCUACAGCUGCCCAUCCAGAAACGGAUGGGCAAGCGGAGCGUAAUAAUCGAGUGCCUUAA